AUGCAGGACUACCGCGCCGAAAUUCAGACCAUGGCGCGAGCGUACCAGUAUCGACUUCAUCCUUCUGCAUUAAAGGGCUUUUCGGACCAUCUUUCAACUACAGGCGGGAACAGUGAAAAGCGACGAGAUGCACUCCGAGAUAUCUUUGCGAUUCUUCAUAAGCUGUGUGCAGUGGACCGAUUUGUGGAUGAUAAAAGAAUGCGCUUGGCCAUUACGCAGCAAUCGGUUAGAGACAGAGGAGCUUCUGAGCGGGAAGGUGCCCCAACUGUGAUUCCAAUUCCCUUGGAGGACAUGCCCCAGGUGUAUAUGGAUGAGCGAACCGGUGAGGUAAAGGUGGAGUGUACAGGGCGUGAGAGCGAUCGUUUCACUGUCCUGCGGCAACGCUAUUUAUUUGCGCAGAGGCGUUGUCUAAGAAGUGGCCUGUUUCGACGGGAUCUCAGCAAACAAUCUUUGAAUCAGGAUCUUCCCCCCUUACUUCCAAUUAUAGCGCUUGAGGGAAUAGAUGCCUCAGAGCACGUGGCAGUGUUAGGAAUGAUUGUUAGGCGUCUUGAUGAGACUCAUCUGGAGGAUUUACAUGGUCAAGUUAGACUCGUAUUUCGGGAUGCGGUGCCUUCCCUUCUUGGUGUCGUGGGGGAUGGUUUUUUAGUGGUGGUACGGGGACAGUGGUCUAAUAGCGUUUUCAUGGUUACCAGCAUAGAGCUUCCCCCCGCAGAGAGGCGAGAGGACACCCUUCGAGACAUAGGUGCAGAUUACGAUCUUUUUGGCUACAGACCGACGGAUAUGGCAGCUGCACAGCUGCAGGAAAAAAAUUCACUUCAGUCUGUAGUUAUUGUAAUGUCGCACGUUUACCUCGAUCAACCAUCAACCGUGCAUAAAUUAGUCCACUUUUUCAAGGAGAUGCAACAUCGGACCGAGAGUGAACUCAUGCAUACAACCUUGGUGAUGGUGGGUGACUUUUCCUUUUCGACGACGCAGUACGGCGAUAUUUCUCAUCUUCCCGACCCAUUUGAAGGGGCGGAUCGCUACAAACUUCUCAUGGAUGCCCUUGCUACAGUGAUUGCGACACAUGCCCCAAGUCUUGCGCAGCAUACGCAGGUUGUCCUUGUUCCCGGGCCCAACGAUGUGACGGGACUCCUAGGCGUUUUGCCGCAACCUCCCAUUGUGGGUGCAGUCACGAGGAACUUGCAGUCACGUCUUAAAAAAGUUGUUUUCGCCUCAAAUCCGUGCCGUUUGCGUUUUUUUACGCAUGAGAUGGUCGUGACUCGCCGAAACUUUUUUAGAUCACUUCGAGAGAGUGGACGUGCUUUUAAUUGGUCCACCGUGGACGCCCCCAAUUCAAUCACAGCCUUUGAAAGUGUUGCAAAAACUGUCGUGGACGAGGCCCAUUUGGCACCGGAAGUGAAGGAAGGGAUUUUGUGGAAGGCGGAUGGGGCGCUCUCGUUGCUGACGCUUCCACAUCUCCUUGUCCUGUGCGACAGCACCGAGCAGUGGGAGUGCACGUACAAGGGGGUUCGUGUCGUGAAUCCGGGUUCGUUUUCCCUCGCUUCAACCUUUCUGUGGUAUACCCCCUCCGACGGCGAAUGCAGUCUCAGUAGCGUCGAGUGCUGA